GGAGGGAAGGGGAGGGGAGGGAGGGAGGAGGACAGGAAUAACAAUCGCCACUACACGGGAGCAAUCCCACCCGGAGACACACAACGCGCCGAGACGCGAAUAAUGGCUCCGCCGCCCGCCGCUCAGGCCGUUGCCGCCCUCCUCCUCGCCGCGCUGCUCGCGCUGGCCUCCUCCCACGCCGCCGCGGCCACCGGCGUCUUCCAGGUGCACCGCAAGUUCCGGCGAGCUGCCGGCGAGGAAGGCGGUAACAUAACCGCCCACCUCGCCCACGACGUCAGCCGCCGGGGCCGUCUCCUCGACGCCGUCGACGUGCCCCUCGGCGGCCUUGGCCUUCCCACCGACACCGGGCUGUACUAUACGAAAAUCGAGAUCGGGACGCCGCCCAAGCCGUUCCACGUGCAGGUGGACACCGGCAGCGACAUCCUCUGGGUCAAUUGCAUCACCUGCGACAAAUGCCCCCACAAGAGCGGCCUCGGGAUAGACCUGAUGCUGUAUGACCCCAAGGGAUCAUCUAGUGGGAGCACGGUAUCAUGCGACCAACCGUUCUGUGCCGCCACAUACGGGGGCAAGCUACCAGGGUGCACUGCGAGCUUGCCUUGCGAGUACAGUGUCAUGUAUGGUGACGGUAGCACCACCACGGGCUACUUCGUCAGUGACUCCCUGCAGUAUAAUCAAGUCUCUGGGGAUGGCCAAACACGGUAUGGCAAUGGCAGCGUCACAUUCGGGUGUGGUGCUCAGCAAGGUGGGGAUUUAGGAAAUACAAACCAGGCCCUUGAUGGAAUUAUUGGGUUUGGCCAAUCAAAUACAUCAAUGCUAUCACAGCUAGCUGCUGCAGGAAAAGUGAAGAAGAUAUUUUCUCAUUGCUUGGAUACCAUAACUGGAGGUGGAAUCUUUGCUAUCGGAGAAGUUGUACAGCCAAAAAUGAAAUCAACACCAUUGAUACCCAAUAUGCCGCACUACAAUGUGAAGCUGAAGUCAAUUGAUGUUGGUGGUACUGCUCUACAGCUUCCAUCACAUAUUUUUGAAACGGGUGAGAAGAAAGGUACCAUCAUUGAUAGCGGUACAACCUUGACAUAUCUUCCGGAGCUGGUUUACAAGGAAGUAAUGGCUAAGAUUUUUGCCAAGCAUCAGGAUAUGACCUUCCGCAGUAUUCAAGAUUUUCUGUGUUUUCAGUAUCAUGAAAGUGUAGAUGAUGGAUUUCCCAAAAUCAUCUUCCAUUUUGAGAAUGAUCUUGGAUUGAAUGUGUAUCCACAUGAUUACUUUUUCCAAAAUGGGGAUAACCUGUAUUGUGUUGGGUUCCAAAAUGGUGGAUUGCAAUCAAAGGAUGGAAAGGAUAUGGUGCUUCUAGGAGGUCAUUACUUCUCUGCGCAUGAAGGCUUCUUUUUUUUAAAAAAAAUAUGCUUGUCAUGCCACUGUCUGUUUCUUUCAGAUCUGGUCCUUUCAAAUAAGGUGGUUGUCUAUGACUUGGAAAACCAAGUCGUUGGAUGGGCCGAUUACAACUGCUCCUCUAGCAUGAAAGUUAAGGAUGACAAGACAGGGGCAGCAUACACAGUUGAUGCGCACAAUAUCUCCUCGGGGUGCAGACGUCAGUGGCAAAAGUUCCUGGUUCUGUUAGUAACAAUGGUGUGCAGCUCCUUAAUUUUCUAACUCUGAUGUACAACACAAACUCUGAUGAAUUCAUUUGAUUGUUCUUUUCUCAAAGAGGAAAUGUAGGGCUUUAGAUUGUAUAUUCUCCGACAAAGGGAAAAGAAUGAAAAAGCAUGGUUCCACUUCUCAUUA